CCCCUUGAGGAGGGAGAGAGAACGUGCUGCACUGCGCCCCCAGGUUCAACCUCCAACCCGGUCCCUCCCGAAGAAUGGAUUCCUCUUCUCCUUCUCCUCCCCUGCCUUAUGGGAGCCUCUUCCAGUCCACAGAACCCAAAUCAAGGUUACUAAUGAGCUCCCCUUCUUCGUGCCCAGGGGACCCCUCUCGGCCUCAGGCUCUGCUCCCCUGAGCUUGGCCCACGGCCCCGCCGCCCCUGGGACUCGGCCCCAGCCAUCUCAUCACCCACGCCAGGGGGCGGGGCUCCCACGGCCCGGCCCCGGGUGGGCGGUUCUAUCGUGACGUCACUUCCGCCCGGGCCUGGCCGAGGUUCGGGCUCCGUGGGCCGAGGGGGGGUACGGAGGUGGCAGCUGUGGGAGGAGGCGGCGUGGAAGGCCGAGGAGCUCAAGCCCGGACCAAUCCCCACGUCCCGGGCCGCGACCCUGACCCUGCAACGUACCGGGAAGCGAAACCGGCCGGAUGGGCCGCUGAGCCCGAAUCGGGCACUGUGUGGAGCCCCCUGGAGCUGAGAUCAGGAUGUUCCGCUUCAUGAGGGACGUGGAGCCUGAGGAUCCCAUGUUCCUGAUGGAUCCCUUUGCUAUUCACCGUCAGCAUAUGAGCCGUAUGUUGUCAGGUGGCUUUGGAUAUAGCCCCUUCCUCAGCAUCACAGAUGGCAACAUGCCAGGGACCAGGCCUGCCAGCCGCAGGAUGCAGCAGGCUGGAGCUGUCUCCCCCUUUGGGAUGCUGGGAAUGUCGGGUGGUUUCAUGGACAUGUUUGGGAUGAUGAAUGACAUGAUUGGAAACAUGGAACACAUGACAGCUGGAGGCAAUUGCCAGACCUUCUCAUCUUCCACUGUCAUCUCCUACUCCAAUACGGGUGAUGGUGCCCCCAAGGUCUACCAAGAGACAUCAGAGAUGCGCUCGGCACCAGGCGGGAUCCGGGAGACACGGAGGACUGUUCGGGAUUCAGACAGUGGACUGGAGCAGAUGUCCAUCGGGCAUCACAUCCGGGACAGGGCUCACAUCCUCCAGCGCUCCCGAAACCAUCGCACGGGGGACCAGGAGGAGCGGCAGGACUAUAUCAACCUGGAUGAGAGUGAGGCCGCAGCAUUUGAUGACGAGUGGCGGCGGGAGACGUCCCGAUUCCGGCAGCAGCGUCCCCUGGAGUUUCGGCGGCUUGAGUCCUCAGGGGCUGGGGGACGAAGGGCGGAGGGGCCUCCCCGCCUGGCCAUCCAGGGACCUGAGGACUCCCCUUCCCGACAGUCCCGCCGCUAUGACUGGUGAGGGCCCCGGGCCCUCAGCCUCUCUUGUAAGUAUCAGGAGUAAGGAGGGCGGGGUGCACCUGCGGACGGUCCUCGGCUGCAAGGCAGGCUCAGUUCAGGCUCCCGCAGGAGCUGCCUUUGAUAGUACGAGUUGACGUGGAAAGAGAACAAUGUUCUCACUGACAUAGGGGAUUAAACCCCAACUCCUGGCUCUUAACGUAAGUUUUUUCUUCCUUUUGACUUGUGCUCCUCUCUCUUUCCCCCUCCAGGUACAGGCUGAGAGGCUGAGAAAUCAUCCCCUGAAUAACUUUUUCCUCUCUGAUUCCCAUCCCCAAUUUAAUAUUAAAUUAACAGGCAAGCCGGCCCCCACCUCUCCCUGGGGGUCUCAGGGAGAACCUUUCACGGCGCCCUUUCCCUACCUUUUCCUUCUUUAACCAUUGAUGACUUCGCCUCUGCAUCUACUGACUUGAUUUUUCAUUCUGCCACUCCAUCUUCAAACCCCUCACCUUUCCCAUCCUACUCCUGCCAUGCAUUGAAGGGUCAGUGCAUUUUGGGGUGAGCUCUGGGUUUAGGGGCCCCCUCCAUCCCUCAGCUACCCUGGAUCUUUGCCCACCUCUUCCUCAGAGCCCCCACUGAGGGGCCGUAGCCCUAUCUAGGGCUGUGGAAGGAGCAGACUGGUUCCUAACUCUCUCCCUCCUCCUGCCCACACACAUCAAAAGAAUCUUCCCUACACCCUUCUCUGCCUUUAUUUUUUGAUUUGUGCAACUUGUAACUAGGUGUUUAUGGAAUAAAGGAGAAUGGAAAAAAGA